AUGCUUACAGUGUUCCAAAUAAUCCCAAAUAUUUACAAUGUGUUGCUCAACGACUGGAUCUUUGGAUUGGCAUACUGCAAAUUUUCGCAGUUCUUUACGGCCUUUUCUAUCGCCAUAAGCGUGUUGACUUUUACUGGACUAACUGCUGACAGGUAAGAGGAAAUUUAGAAUGAACACUUUUCUACCGUUUGUAUUUAAGGCUUUUAUUCUAGACAAUAGUUUGUUAAGAACGACUCACUAGUUUGCGAUAAGUGCCUCUAAAAUCAUUGCGUCUUGAAAAGUAAAUAAAUAAUUGCAUGGUUUUAAACAAUGGGGACACAUUGUACUUCCUAUUUAAAAGGUUUAAUCCCUCCAUAAGAUACAUUUGAAUUUUUCUUUUGUUUUUAUUUUACACUUUGCAUUGCUAUAAAGAAUAUUUUCUGCACGUAAGUUUGAAUAUGGGCAUUAUUCCUCGGCAACCAAUAAAAUUCUUUGGCUUCCACCUGUACUUACUUUGACAAUCAGCAUAAAGUCUUCACGUUUUGUUUGCUUGUUGUAACAAUCAAAUUGUGAAACGUAGCGCACAGACUAAAAAUGCGUAGAAGCAGUUUUCAAGUAUGGAAAUAUUUGUGAAUGCAUAUCGGCCGAAACAAGCGACAAUGUAAGUUUUAGAAAGUACUUCAGACUGAAGGACUGCAAUAAGCUGGAUUUAAGGUUUACACCCAGCGCUAAAGUAUUCUGUUGGACACAGUCUAUAUUAAAAGUAGCAUUAGAGAGUUUAUGGUUUUUAUUAGGAGUAUUUAACUCGGAAAGCAAGCUUGCUAAAAUGUUUCACUACUUGAUAAUUUACUAUAAUAUCUUUGUAACUGAAGGGCAGCCGGAUAUUAAGGGCUUAGUAAAUGUCCCCUAUAUGAUUAAACAUAUAAAUUAUAAUGUGUUCACAAUGAUGUAGGUGCUUCUAAAAGUUUAAUCAAACAUUAAAAAUGGUUCAUGUUGCCCACUUGGUAAAUCUGAUGCUUUAAAAUAAUCCCGAUUCAUAUGACAGAAGAAUCCCCGUAGCAAACCCCGAUGACUUAAUUAUUUGUUAUUUUUAGAUACGUUGCAAUUAAGUAUCCACUUCGACCACGCUCUCGACCGUCGACAAUACUGUGUGUUAUUGCUUUUAUUUGGGUCUCUUCCUUCGUCAUUGGUCUCCCAGGAUUGCUAAAGGCUACUAUUUUUAUCAGGCGGAGGGAGACCGUAUAUGGUAGCUAUAAGUCAACUUCUACCAACGACACGAGUGCACCAACGUUCGAGCAAGCCCUACACCGAAAUUUUUCAAAGGAAGUUUGGGCAGGAGAAAGAAAUAACUUUUCGAUGCCAGAAAACACAUCAGAAACAUCUUUUGACUCCCAAGCAGAGAGUUAUUGUCACGUCUGCACGUUCGACUGGUCGCCGUUUUGGGGAGCAGCGUAAGUUGCGUAGUUCUAUAAUUGACUACUUUGACAAAGACUUGCUUUUGCUUUCGACAAAAAAUAGAAAUAUUCUAGCAAUUGCGAUUGGGGAGGCUGAGAAUAUGAUAGCUCAGCACUUUUACUAAAGUAGACGUGGCAGAAAAGUUUCUUUAUAUAAUGUCAUUAUAAUAUCGCUGAACUUAUGCGAAUGUACUAACUGAAUUUUACUAAUUCACUCAACACUAUAACCAUGUUUCAUUUCUUCUUUAGGUACGAUAUUGCACUUUUUCUAUUGAUGUACAUUUUACCUCUCCUGAUUCUAUUCGCAACCUACAUCCCGAUAACCAUAAAAUUAUGGGCGCACCGAGGUCUAGGUGAAGUAACACAUGGUCAACGUGAAAACAUAAAAUCCAAACGAAAGGUAAGCAUGCAUUUCGCCUUUUAAUAUUGAAGGAACUAAUAAUGCCCACGAAAUUACACUAAAAAGUGAAACAUUUGUGCAUAUAGCCAAAGGCCUAUAGCUAUUUUCUUCCAAAUCGAACAUUAUUGUCGAGGAAAAUUUAUGGUUUAUUAUGUGAGCUUUAUUAAACAGAACUUCUCAGACAUAAUGCAGUCGAGUAAUACUAACUGUUCACAGCUUAACAAUGGCAUAUCUGAGGAUCCAGAGGUUCUGACUUAAUUCGGAAAAAAUAUUCCUGAUGAUUUCAACUGCUUUUAAUUACAGUAGUUCGGUAGAUUUAAGAAAGAUAUAUCUCCUUAGCUGUAAGAUGAAGGAUUUGUUUAACUGUAUCGUUUUGAAAAAGACAGUGGACUUGACAUCAAAUACCAGUUGACCGUUGAAAAUUUGAAAGUAAUUUCUAAUUACUCGAUUAAAGUAAACGUAUGAAGAUUCCUCUGUCUAAAAUUUGAAUACAUCUUAGUCGGCUGAAGUGGUGGCCUUUGACAGUUACACUAUAUGGUCAAAAGGACGUAAUUUCAAAUUAUCAGACUGUCCUUAUGAAAAUAGACAGGAUAAUGAGCUCUGUGAGUAUACGUAAAACUUAUAUGCACUCUCCGCACUCAAAAAAUAUAGUUUAUUCGCAUGUUUGGUAAUGCUUAUCGCACGCUUUCAUAUAUCGAUAGUUAAACAUGAUUAGUUUGGCCCUUCAAUUUGCAACUCCAAAUGGAAAAGAAGUCGUGGUUUUUUGCCAUAACUAAAAACAAUGCGCUCUAUCUGGUCUGGCAAGGUCCACUGAUUUGUUAGCACACUUGUGGUAGAGCAGAUUUACACGUAACUGUAGACGUCAUUAAACAUUAUUUAACAGUAACAUUAGACUUACUAAUUACGACAUUUUUUCAUUUAAAAGGUUGUAAAAAUGUUGAUCGCCGUGAUGCUUAUAUUCGCAGUUUGCUGGCUACCCUACCAAUUAUUUUUUCUUAUCCUCCGCGCACCAAUCGAUCACGAGCAUCCAAGUUUGCCUUCAAUAUUCAUUUUCUGCUACGUUCUUGCCAUGAGCAACAGCAUGUACAAUCCAAUUAUUUACUGCACAAUGAACCACCGGUGAGUAACAUUUUGCGUAUCUAUAAAACUUCGAAAAACUCAAAAGCCUUGAUUUUAGAGAAAGACGAAAGUAAAUUGUUUUCGAAGCCGAAAAAGAUGAAAAAGGACUGCAUGCAAAAUCCAACAUCUUUGAAGAAUUAGAAAGUUUAUUUCUAAAAUUAGCUUUAAGAUAAAUCUACCGGAAAGCUGAGGGUGAUUAUCCCUAACCGUUUUGUAAACGCGCUGUAGAACAGACAGACAAUAAUCUAUUUCAGUGACCCUUUUCUGUUUUUAUAGCACAUAUUAUACUUUUGGUGUUGGUCAGUUUUGCAAUAUUAUCAUAUAAAAAGUAUUUGACACCUUGUCGGCAGAAUAUUUGCGCCAUAAUUGUUGCUCGUCGUAAUGAAAAUGUAAUUAUACACUAUCUCCUCGAAUUAAAUUUAAACUGUUUAUCUUAACGCUUCCACUUAGACAUUGCUACUCUACUUAGUGCCAUGCGCUAUUUCGAUGCAUAGUCUAAUGCCUCGGACAUUUAAUAAUAUGUCUUAGGCAUUAAAAUGUUAUUAUUAAUAAUAAAAAUAAUAAAAUGCUGUGAGCAGCGCAAAAAUAACGUGAAUAAAGUGCAGCAGUUUGAGACAAAAAACGAGGCACUUAAGCCUUUAUGCAUUAAUGCACGCAGUAGGUAUGUAAUGCUCUCAAAUAUUUUAUGUCUAAAAUGUUUUUUAUCCUGAAGGUUUAAGAAUGGCUUCCUGAAUGCAUUUGGAUGUCUUCCGUGUGUAAAGCGAUAUCAACUAAACUGUCAGCGUUCACGGCUGCGCCAAACCUACCAUUCAGCUGUAUCCACGCAUGGAGAUGUACACAAGUAUCAAGCGUCUACUGGUCUCCCGGUUUCCGAGCUAGCAGAGAACUGGCAAUCACCCCUGACGACAUCUAAGUGA